AUGAGAAAAGCCAGGAGAAAAACCAGUACAAAGGAGAAAAUCGUGGAAAAUAUACAAGAAAUAAGGAAUUGGGGAAAGAGUUUCAAUCAGGAAAAAUUAGCAAACUCGACACUGCAUCGCAAUCAAUUUAUCAUCAUCUUCCUCUACGAUCUGCAAACAACGAAUCCACAAAGCUCACAUUCGAUUCUCAACAUCGACAUCGGAAUAAGCACGCAGGAAAACAAAAAAGAUGAAGAGGAAUCACAUAAUUCAAGAACGAAAAUAAAGAAGAGGAAGAAGGCAAUUUUGGAUGCAUGA